GUGGGUCUCUGGGACCGGAAGUGCGGGUGUCGGAGCGGCGCGUGUGUGGAGCCGGGAUGAAGUUCGGUUAUCGGUUCUCCAACCUCCUGGGGACGGUUUACCGGCGCGGGAACCUGAGCUACUCGCCGGACGGGAGCUCGGUGCUCAGCCCGGUGGGGAACCGUCUCUCCAUCUUUGACCUGAAGAACAACAAAGCAGAGACCUUGCCAUUCGCUUUGAGCCGGAACAUCGUGUGCGUGGGGCAGUCUCCCGAUGGGCACCUGGCAAUCCUCAUCGAUGAAGAGGGUGCGGCCGUGCUGGUCAGUCUGCUGCGGAAGGCAGUGCUGCAUCACUUCCAUUUCCACACUCCGGUGCACAGUGUCUCCUUCUCCCCCGACGGCAGGAAGUUUGUGGUGACGAAGGAGAACGUUGUGCUGAUGUACCACGCUCCUGGGAAGUCCCGACAGUUCAACCCCUUCGUCCUGGACAAGUCCUACUUCGGACCCUACGACGAGACCACCUGCAUCGACUGGACCGACGACUCCAAGUGUAUUGCAGUGGGCAGCAAGGAUAGCAGUACCUGGGUGUUCGGAGCCGAGCGCUGGCACAACCUCAUCUACUACUCACUGGGGGGACACAAGGAUGCCAUCGUCGGCUGCUUCUUCGAAGGCGACAGCCUUGACAUCUACACCCUGAGCCAGGAUGCCACGCUGUGCGUGUGGCAGUGUGACACGGAACCCGAGGGACUCCUGGCGCCCAUUCCCAAGGCCAAGGGAGAUCGCAGAGACACCGACCAGGACCAGGACCAGGACCAGGACCAGGACCAGGACCAGGAACAGAAGGCUGACGUCAUCCGUGGGAAAUCGGAAUCCGAGCAGGAGAGGGGCGGCAAAGUGAAGUAUUCCCGGGUUGGGAAGUAUUUCUUCAACAAAGAGAAUGACUUCAAUGACCUGACGGCUGCCGCCUACCACAAGAAAACUCACCUACUGGUCACUGGCUUUGCCUCGGGCAUUUUCCACCUUCACGAACUGCCUGAGUUCAACCUCAUCCACUCCCUCAGUAUUUCAGACCAGAGGAUCGAGACCAUUGCCAUCAACAGCUCCGGGGACUGGAUCGCGUUCGGGAGUGGAGGUCUGGGGCAGCUGCUGGUGUGGGAGUGGCAGAGUGAGAGCUAUGUGCUGAAGCAGCAAGGGCAUUUCAACAACAUGGUCACACUGUCCUACUCCCCCGACGCCCAGUACAUCGUCACGGGGGGAGACGACGGGAAGGUGAAGGUCUGGAACACCAGCAGUGGCUUCUGCAUCGUGACGUUUACUGAACACACGAGCUCUGUUACCGCGGUUACCUUCAACUCCACGGGCUUCGUAGUGGUCAGCGCCUCUCUGGACGGCACGGUGCGAGCAUUUGAUCUUCACAGGUAUCGGAACUUCCGCACGUUCACAUCCCCACAGCUCACUCAGUUCUUCUGCCUGGCCCUGGACUCGAGCGGAGAGAUUGUGUGCGCCGGCUCGCAGGAUUCCUUCGAAGUGUUUGUCUGGUCCAUGCAGAGUGGUCGGCUGCUCGACGUGUUGGCAGGACACGAGGGACCCGUGAGCAGCCUGAGCUUCUGCCCCACACAAGCCAUCCUGGCCAGUGCUUCCUGGGAUAAGACGGUGAAGCUGUGGGAUAUGGUGGACAGCUGGAAGACCAAGGAAACUCUCCGCCUGACUUCUGAUGCACUGGCGGUCACCUUCCGGCCAGACGGGGCGGAGCUGGCGGUGGUCACCCUGGAUGGUCAGAUCACCUUCUGGGACCCCCAUCAAGCUGUGCAGACCGGCUCCAUCGAGGGGCGGCACGACCUGCAGAUUGGACGCAAGGAGCUGGACAAGAUCACGGCCAAGCAUUCCGCCAAGGGCAGGUCAUUCUCCACGCUGUGUUACUCUGCUGACGGGAGCUCGGUGCUGGCCGGGGGACAGGCGCGCUUCGUCUGUAUCUACAAUGUCAGGGAGCAGAUCCUGGUGAAGAAGUUCGAAAUUUCCUGCAACUUGUCUCUAGAUGCCAUGGAGGAGUUUCUAGAUCGCAGGAAAAUGACAGAGUUUGGGAGUGUGGCGCUGAUCGAUGAAGGUGCUGGUGACGAGGGAGUGGCCAUCCGUCUGCCUGGAGUGAAGAAGGGUGACAUGAGCUUGCGUCACUUUAAGCCGGAAAUUCGUGUGACGUGCCUUCGCUUCUCUCCAACAGGACAGAGCUGGGCAGCCACGAGCACGGAAGGACUGCUGAUCUUCUCCCUGGAUGGUGGUGUGGUGUUCGACCCCUUUGAUCUGGAUGAGGAGGUGACCCCCAGCAGUGUGCGCCGAGUGCUGCGACAGAAGGAGUUCACCGUUGCCAUUGUGAUGGCUUUCCGUCUGAACGAGGAGAAGCUGACCCUGGAGGUGCUGGAGAGCGUUCCUCACACAGAGAUUAACGUUGUGUGCUCGACCCUUCCUCCGUUGUACGUGGAGAAGAUGCUUCAGUUCAUCGCCUCGACGCUGGAGACAUCCCGUCACCUGGAGUUCUUCCUGACCUGGGCUGAGCAGCUGCUGAGUCUGCAUGGACAGAAACUGAAGUCCCGCUCGGUGGACCUGCUGCCUGUGAUCCAGUCUCUGCAGAGGAGCAUCCAACGUCACUUCGACACGGUGGCCAAGCUGUGUGACUGGAACUGCUACAACAUGAAGUACGCUCUCGCACUGUCCCAGCAGCGGGGCAUGAAACGUCCCGCAGAGGUGGAGGAGAGUGACAGAGAGUCUGACGCAUGCGAGAGCACAGAGGACGAUCCCAUGGAGGGAAGUGAUUGAGAGCUGGGAUUACCCACCCUGCGGUCUUCUAGCUGCUGUUAUCUCCCGCCUCCCCGAUCCAACAGACAGGCUCCAGGUGGUGCGUGCAGUUAGCGAGGUGAAUGGUGCAGCAGGUCAAGAGUGAGGAGUCGGUACAUUCCACCACUGGAGUUAACACGGCCAGCUGCUGGGACUGGAUCCCGUGCUGAGGAACGACCUGUCCUGGGAGUGUGUGAUGGGACGGUGUAGAGGGAGCUUCACUCUGUAUCUAAUUGUCCCUGCCCUGGGAGUGUGUGACGGGACGGUGUAGAGGGAGCUUCACUCUGUAUCUAACUGUCCCUGCCCUGGGAGUGUGUGACGGGACGGUGUAGAGGGAGCUUCACUCUGUAUCUAACUGCCCCUGCCCUGGGAGUGUGUGACGGGACGGUGUAGAGGGAGCUUCACUCUGUGUCUGACCCGUGCUGUUCCUGCCCUGGGAUUGCACAGGGAACUUUACCUGUAAUUUGUUCCCCAAGAGUAUUUUGUGGGAUCUGAUUCCUCCCCAGCACUGAAUUCCUUCCUGAAUUAGAUGAUUUACUGCAACUCUUCACCUGUGGGAGCCUGUUCUGUUGAAUUGAGACUGUUCUGGAUGUAAAUGAUGUACAAUAAAUUUGUGAUACAGAG